GGGCUACAGAAAGAGGUACAGAGAUGGCAGUCUUGGAAGGGAGAAGAAGAAAUGGGGAAAUGGGCUAUGAGACUUUCGAAGAAGCAGAUGUGCAGCUUCAGGAAAGAGAGAGAUGGCAAAAGAUAAGGGACUCCAAGUAUAACAAAUGGUACAAGGUCAUCAAGAAACCCGGAACCCCGAGGUAUCUGGAAGAAGGACGGAAACAGAAAAGAUGGAGAAGAAUUGCCAGAUUCAGGCUGGGGAACGAGGUAAACAAGGCCAAGUACUGGGAGAAAGAAGAGAAAAGAAGAUGUAGAGUUUGCGGGUGGGAAAGGGAGACCUGGGAACACGUCUGGAAAGGCUGUAGAAGAAACGAGGAGAUGAGUGAAGGAUGGCAGGAAAAGGUAGAAGAACUACUCGGUGAAGAGCAAGAGGGAGAAACAUGGAUGAAAAAGAUAAAGGGGAGAAGAGCAGAAGACGUAGAAGUAGAAGAGGGGACCAGGAGCUGACCGAGUUAACAAGGGGAGAAAGUGAGAAGAAGGAGAGCGAAGAGAUAGUAUAAAGAACAAUCAUUGUGAUUAUAUAAUGUGAUACAAUUGAUUUGUAAGGUUGUAAGGUUGGGGAACGCUCCGUAAAAGCGCCACGCGAUCCCGACAGGGGAGCGUUAAAUAAAUAUAAAUAAAUAUAAAUAUGUAUAAGAUCGAGUUCGAGUUUUUUCGCGAUCGAGAAGCCGGUUCGGUUUGCGGAGAUUGGCGGUGAGACGGAAAGAAAGAAUGUGGUCGAGUUUGAACAAUUAACAGACGUUUAUAUUCACAAAAGUAUGUACAUUAUAUACAAGUCUGUUCGUUGAACAAUGUAAACUUGAGAUCGAGAUCGUCUGAUUCACACGCGUCGCGCAGAAUUGAGGUUGAAAUCGAGCUGUGUAACCACCACGUGUUGGCCCAACACGUGGCUACCGCGAAAUUAUAUUAAUCUCGCGGAUUUAAAGAGAUUGAGAUUCACGCUUUCGCGUAGGCCGUUGGCACAACAAAACGCGAGUAUUUGGCGAGAUUGAGCGUUAGAGAUCAAGCUAAUAUCGGCGUAAAUUCAAGAAGUGUAUAACACGUGUACAAUCGUACAAGACUCAGAACGUUAAUGGCCGCUCAACCCGCUUCGUCGCAGCGAGAACCGUUGGCUUUCUUCUCGCUGACGUGCCGCUCCCUGAUUGGUCGGCGUGACCGGCAUCCAAGGUGGCUGCCGGUCGCGCUGUAGAGUGCUGCCGCGGUCUGCGUGAAGGCGGUAGAAAUUACAUUUUCGAACAAAAUAAAAUAAUUUAGUUUUCAUUUUGAAUAUUUCAAUAUAAUAAAGAAAAUACCAUAAAAAUGUCUUAACUAUUAAUAAUCUUACUUAUCCAUAGUAAUUUCUACACUUUUAAACUGAAAAAUAGUUUUUCGCAGUCAGACGGCUGUUUUAACACACUGUGCGGCACCUCCGUUCACAAUUAUAUUUAAUUAAACUUUAAGAAAGCAUAUACAAAAGUCACAUAAAUAUACAGAAAACACUAGAGUAUGUACAGAGAUCUUAACUAUUAAUUAAAGCGUGGACACUAUAACUAUAAAUACAACGAUUAGAACAUACCGCGGGCUAAGAUGCAGCGUCGCGUGUUCAGAAGAACUGUACUUGUACGAAAAGCGUGGACAGCGAGCAAUAAGUGUUUGCGUGUCAAGCGAUCGAACAAGAAGAACACGAUCGAUGAUGGCGUCGAUCGUGCCGGCUAUCGCGUGGAGAGGGGGCC